AUGGGAGAAGACCACAAGUACGCCCGGCUUGUGGCGCUCUUCGCGUCUUUGUUCGUCGCUUUGGCCGCAGGAACUCCAUAUUUAUACGGCGUGUAUUCGCCGCAAUUAAUUCAAAGAGUUGGACUUUCGACAUCUGAUGCGGCCACGAUCUCAGUGGCUGUUAAUUUGGGCUCGGGCUUGGGAGGCUUGCCUGCUGGUCUCUUGAUCGAUAGGCUAGGACCGCAAGUCUCCAUCUUGCUUGGAUCGGUGUGUAUUUUUUGCGGCUACUACUCCUUGAACAGGAUCUACAUUCAUGCGUUCUCAAACAUAUAUCUAAUAUGUGUUCUGAUGGCGCUUGUUGGGUUUGGUUCUGUAACAAGUUUUUACUCAUGCUUGAAAGCUGCACAAUCCAACUUCCCAAACCACCGUGGCUCUGCAGGUGCAAUCCCCGUGGGCGCAUAUGGACUUUCCGCCACAAUCUUCUCAAUAGUGGGAGCAAGGCUAUUUUCGGGCGAUGCUGGUGGUCUCCUAGCCUUUUUGUCAUACGUUUGCGGGUCUGUAGCAUUCUUGGGUUCAUUUUUAGUCCACGUAUUUGCAACACAGGUCACAGAAGAUACAGCCCUGACCAGCGAGCCCCCAACUCUUAAACGCUCAGACUCGCCCAGUGGCUCGUUCUCUUUUUGGGGUGUUGGAAGAGGAAAUUCAAGCUCUUCGCUCUCUCUGUACCAGAGAGAUUUCACCUCCUUGGUGAACACACGGGACCAGAUCCAUAAAAGCGGACAAGAAGAUUCGACUGAGUCGAUACCAAGUUCGAAUGCAGUUGCACGUCAGAUAUCAAGUUCGAAUGAAAAUAGUAUGCUACUACCAUCCACAAAAAUCCCUCGAAUAUCAAGCAGCGCUGAAUUGACGGGAAUAGAAGUGAUGCAACCACCUGUCACGAUCAGGUAUUUUCUCGGCAACAAAAACUAUCUUUCUCACUUUCUUAUCGUUUCGUUAUGCAGUGGUAUUUGCCAGAUGUAUAUCUAUACCGUUGGCUUUAUUGUGAGAGCCCAAUUUACAUUUAAGAGCCACGAAGGCUCUGCAGCAGAAAUGCAGGCUAUUCAGGUCUCAACUAUUUCAAUAGCGUCAUUUGGCGGUAGGGUGGUGUCGGGGGUUGUCUCCGACUUCAUUCACAAGAAUUGGAGGGUUCAACGACAAUGGGUGAUUCUUGGAACCAUCCUCUUCACUUUCAUCGGACAGUUGCUUCUUGUUGUGACAAAUAGCAUUGAAAGCAUCACCCUCGUUUCUCUUUGCGUUGGUGGAGCAUAUGGAAUUUUGAAUGGAUCAUAUCCAGCUAUUAUAGCUGAUGAAUUUGGGACGACCUCAUUCUCAACCGCCUGGGGGUUGAUUAAUUCAGGACCAGUAUUUUUGUUGUUCACAUUGGAAAAAUACUUUGGCUAUAUUUAUGAUGGCCAUUCCGAUAGAAAUGGCACUUGUAAUCUUGGGAACGCUUGUUACAAAGGUGCCUUUGAAACAAGCUGCAUUUUAUGCAUUUUGACUGCAAUUUGUACUGGCUUGAUGAUAUAUGGUAGAAGGAACAUGGAAUUCCGCAUGAAUGGUUCGCGUCUUUCAUAA